AAUAGACAUAUUUCAUUUGGAAUCAUUUUUUCUAUUCGAAGAGUCACCGUUGAAAAAUCUUGUGUACGCCAAUGAAUUUGUGUCUACCUUUCCAUUUAUUAAUAAAUUCCUGAGUUUUUCAAGAAGGAAACGACAUAAAAAAAAGAAUUUAAACUGAAAGCGAAUUAAUUCGAACAAAGCAAAAUAAAAAUGGUGUCAGUGGAAACUGUUGGGUCAAUAUUUUUGAAGGUUUUCAAAUUGGUAAUCAAUUUGAUCAUCUUAUUGAUGUAUCGCUUUGGAUAUGCUGGCGAUUUUCUUGGCAUUGGCGGCACAUGGAAUCUGAACGAAGAGAAAAGUUCCGAUGCUGAAAUUAUUGCAUCGGGUGUUUUUGUUGGAUUUUUCAUUUAUACAGGCGUUCAAAUGAUUGCAUAUCUAUUUGGAACAACCUCUCACAAACGGGAGCUGUCUGACACAAUUAUGAAUGUUGUCGGCGCAUUUAUGUGGGUUUCGGUAGGCGCAACAGCAUUACAUUAUUGGUCCGGCUACAUGGCCGAUCAUGAUCAAGUGGUUGUUAUUCCCGAACGUACCGUUGGUUUGUUGGUUGGUUCGCUAUGUGUUUUGUCCGGGGCGCUGUACGUGAUUGACACCGUACUGGCAUUCAUCCAUUUCGCAAAAUAAAUGACAAAUUUACACGGAUGUUAGCACAUCGUAAAUCCGACUAGAUUCAAGAAGUGAACCAUUUGCACCUUUAUUUGACAAACAAGAAUAUUUGUUCUUUUUUUUACUUCUCGCUGUAAGAUCAUGUUAGGACAACUAAGUACGAUAUAAGAUUUAAUGUUUUCUCCAUACGAUUCGAUUAGAUCAUAGAUUAAGCCGUACACCACCAUACACCCCCAUACAUACCUUUUUUUAACCUAAAAUACCAUUUCAAAAUAAACAUUUUUUGCGAAUUAA